CUGGAACUCGCUCUGUAGACCAGGCUGGCUCGAACUCUGAGCUCGGCCUGCCUCUACCUCCUGAAAGCCGAGAUUUAAGGCGAGCGUCACUACCGCACCGGAAAUGGUUUUCUCACUUUUCAAUGAAUGAGCUUUUGAGGUUAGUCUGUAACUGGCUUGGGCGACUGUCCAGUAUGAACGCUGUAGAUGAAAAGGCCCUGCAGCGAUGACACCCAAAAUGAACAUUAAGCUCACAACCCACGGCCGGGGUGGAUACCCUUAGGUGGCCCAAAUACAAUUCUGUGUGGUUCAGAGAAGCGAAAACGACGCCUGACAGCCCUGGUAACCGCCCACAGUCCCCCCCACCCCACCCCCCGAAUCAGACGCAGGCCAGGGAUGUCAGAACCGGCAUUGCUCACCGGCCAGAUUCAGAGCUGCACUAGCUGCCCACGGGCGGACCCGGGUCGCGCAUCCUCCACGAUGCGCCACCAGCUCUAGACCCCUCUAUAACCGGCUGGGGCCUUUCUCGCUGGUACAGCAGCCGACGCCCCAGGGCGGACGCUCCUCUGGCGCCAGGGGGCGCGCGGCUGCUCGGGGGACCUUCUGGCCUGCGACGGCAGCUCGACUGCUCCGAGGCGGGCCUGGUGAACCCCGGCGUUUCCCACUCCCCCGCCCCCCGCAACGUGCGGGUAUCGCUUGAGCUACUACCAUGGAGGGGCCGAUGGGCCCCGGGCCCCGGCAGGGUGGCGGAGGACUAGGCGCGACUAGGUCCACGUCCUCCGGCCGUACAACGCGGGCCUCGGCGAUGCCCUGGGCGCGCUUCUCUGCCUGGCUGGAGUGCGUGUGCGUGGUCACCUUCGAUCUGGAGCUGGGCCAGGCGCUGGAGCUAGUCUAUCCACGUGACUUCCAGCUCACAGACAAGGAGAAAAGCAGCAUCUGCUACCUGUCCUUUCCAGACUCCCACUCAGGAUGCCUUGGAGACACUCAGUUCAGUUUCCGUAUGCGUCAGUGUGGAGGACAGAGGAGCCUCUGGCAUGGUGACGACAGGCCCUAUAACAACAAAGCCCCCUUGGCACUGCAGAGAGAGCCGGCGCACUACCUGGGCUACGUGUACUUCCGACAGGUGAAGGACAGCUCUGUGAAGAGGGGCUACUUCCAGAAGUCUUUAGUGCUGGUGUCCCGCCUGCCAUUUGUCCGGCUGUUUCAGUCGCUCCUCAGCCUGAUCGCCCCUGAGUACUUUGAGAAGCUGGCACCGUGCCUGGAAGCAGCGUGCAAUGAGAUUGACCAAUGGCCAGCCCCCGUGCCGGGGCAGACCCUGAACCUCCCGAUCAUGGGAGUCGUCAUUCAGGUGCGAAUUCCGUCCAGGGUGGACAAGCUGGAAUCCAAUCCUCCAAAGCAGUGUGACCAAGAGAACCUGCUGCCAGCCCCUGUGGUCCUUGCUAGUGUCCACGAACUGGAUCUGUUUAGGUGCUUCCGGCCAGUGCUAACCCAUGUGCAGACCCUGUGGGAGCUCAUGCUCCUUGGGGAGCCGCUAGUGGUCCUGGCGCCCUCGCCUGACGUGUCUUCAGAGCUGGUGCUGGCCCUGACCAGCUGCCUACAGCCCCUGAAGUUCUGCUGUGACUUCCGCCCCUACUUCACCAUUCACGACAGCGAGUUCAAGGAGCUCACAACGCGAACACAGGCCCCACCAAACGUGGUCCUGGGAGUCACAAACCCUUUCUUUAUCAAAACACUCCAGCACUGGCCUCAUGUCCUCCGAAUUGGGGAGCCCAAGAUGUCAGGCGACCUUCCUAAGCAGGUCAAGCUUAAAAAACCCUCCCGGCUGAAGACCCUCGACACCAAACCAGGGCUCUACACCUCCUACACUGCCCACCUCCACCGGGACAAAGCAUUGCUUAAAAGACUGCUCAAGGGUGUACAGAAGAAGCGGCCAUGGGACUCACAGAGUGCCCUCCUGAGGCGGCACUUCCUAGAGCUCACUCAGAGUUUCAUCAUCCCUCUGGAGCACUACAUGGCCAGCCUCAUGCCACUGCAGAAGAGCAUCACACCCUGGAAGAGCCCACCCCAGAUCUGCCCCUUCCGCCAGGAUGAUUUCCUGCGUAGCCUGGAGCACGCGGGACCCCAGCUCACCUGCAUCCUCAAGGGUGACUGGCUGGGCCUCUACAGGCGUUUCUUCAGGUCCCCCAAUUUUGACGGCUGGUAUCGGCAACGACAUAAAGAGAUGGCCCAGAAGCUGGAAGCGCUGCACCUGGAAGCUAUUUGUGAGGCGCAGAAUCUCGAGGCCUGGAUGAAGGACAAGUCGGAGGUGGAAGUGGUAGACCUAGUCCUGAAACUCCGGGAAAAACUGGUGCGGGCACAGGGCCACCAGCUCCCCGUGAAGGAGGUGACACUACAUCGGGCCCAGCUGUACAUCGAUACAGUUAUUGGCUCCCUGCCCAAGGACCUCCAAGCAGUCCUGUGCCCUCCCUAGGACAGGGCCAACCUGUGUGGUCCUGGGGGCCUAAGUCUGCCAAGUUCUCUCUCCACCAGCCUUGGGCUCCUACCUCGGCUUCAGCCCCUCCCAGAACCACCUCUGUCCCAGCAGUAAAAAUGACAUUCGCAAUGACAGUCUGGUCCCUGACUGACUGCCGGGGGAUUCUGUGCUGGCACUGUCUGGCUCCUUCCUGGGCCCCACCUGUCCUCCGCAGCUGGAGGUGGGCGUGGGCUAGUGGCCCUCACUGAUGGAGGUGCCCUCACCACCUGCCCCCUCCUGGCUCCCAUCUGCCCACACUUCAGGAGGCCUUGGUGGUGGGUCCUUUAGCCCAGCAGGCUUCCCAGCUCAGAGCGGAGGGAGGCAGCUGCCAGGGCCGGCCCUCUCCUGGACACUCCACCCCUUCCCUCUUCUGGGGAGUGAUAGGUACCAUGCCUAGGCAGCUACUUGAGAAGGCAGAGACUCUUUGUCCUGUGAGGACCUAAAUCUCCCUCCUGCUGUGAUUGGUCAGGAUGAGAGAGUGAGGGACAGUUAUGGGACCUGGCACCCCACUUGGACAGCAAGCUCAGGCUGUUCUUUGAGGUUCUCACCAUGGUCCUUGUUCCCUUUCUUGGAACACCCCCUGGAUACCUGCUCCAUGAGUUUCACCCAGGCCACCAAGGGAGACUCCAGCUUUUCCCCUGGUGUCUGCCCCUCCCCUUGAAGCUUGAAAGGCUUUGGGCUAUAGCCUAAUGUUACAUUCUCUGCUGUCUUGUCCUUAGUUGGUCUCUUAGGCCAGGGUGUCUCUUGGAGGUAUUGUUCUGUGCUCUUCCUAGGAAAGGGCUAACCUGUGAUCCCAGGUGCCUAAGUCUGCCAAGUCUCCCUUCAAGGCUCUAUCCUGGCUUCGGUUCCCCUUCCAGAACCAUGUUGUCUGAGCAGUAAAAAUGGCAUUUGGAACCAUA